UCAAAAUCCCCCAACUCUUCUUGACCUACUCAACUCUCUUCCUCUCUCGCACAACCAACUAUUUUGUCAACGACUGCACUCUGAACAGAAUCUGUUGCGCUCUUGACUCGAUUGACCAACUCGACUUCUGCAUCGCGUCUUUUCGCUCGAGUCUACCCUUUUUUCUUUGCAUUUUUUGCAUCGUACCAUCUCACACAUUCCGCGCAUCGAACUAUCCGCAACGAUGCCUCCCAAGAGAGCUGCCGCUGCGGCGAGCGAGGCCGCUCCGGCCGCCAAGAGAACCAGAACCACUGUCACCAAGAAGGUAGACGUCGAAGAGACAAAGAAGGUCGAGCCGGCCAAGAAGGCUGCCGCUUCAAAGAAGACAGCUACCGCCACAAAGACGGCCGCUGCUCCCAAGAAAGCUCCUACGCCCAAGAAAGCUGCCGCGCCCAAAAAAGCUGCUGCUCCCAAGAAAGCCGCCGCGCCUAAGAAGGCUGCCGCGCCGCCGCGCAAGAAGGCCCCCAGGGCCUCUGAGGAAUCCGACAAAGAGAACGAGGUCACAGCCCCCAAGGUCAAUGGCGCGAAGCGCAAGAAUGACGAUGAGCUCAGCGAGGUAGAAGAUGAUGUCGCGGACGAUGCUCAGACCAACGGCGCCGGCACCAAGCGCGCGAAGAAGACCGAGGCCGCAGCUGCGCCGCCGAAGAAGAAGGCGGCCGCUGCCAAGGCAGCCCCAAAGCGCGUCGCACGCGUGCUCAAGGCGAUCAACGAACCUCCUUCCCAGGUUAUGGACAUUUUUGUGUUCGGCGAGGGCACCGCUGGCGAGCUCGGCCUCGGUAGUGUUCGCGUCGACGGCAAGAAGCCCAUCGACGUCAAGCGCCCGCGUCUCAACACCAACCUGAAAGGUGUCGUGCAGGUUGCCUGUGGCGGAAUGCACGUCGCCGCCCUGACCAACGACAACAAGAUUCUAACCUGGGGCGUCAACGACCAGAGUGCUCUGGGUCGCGACACCACCUGGGACGGCGGUCUGAGGAAUGUCGAAGACGAAGGCGAGGACUCUGAUGAUGAAGAUGACACCGGCAUGAACCCCAAAGAGAGCACCCCUGCAGAGGUUGAUAUGACCGACGUCCCCGAGGAUACCAAGUGGGUACAAGUUGUCGCUAGCGACAGCGCGACUUUUGCCUUGACCACAACCGGCCAGGUUUACGGAUGGGGCACAUUCCGAAGCAACGAAGGAAUUCUUGGCUUCAGCAAAAGCGUCUUGGUCCAGCCAACUCCGGUUCUCGUCCCAGAGAUCUCCAAGGUCAAGCAGCUCGCGGCCGGCCUGAACCAUGUGCUCGCCCUCGACGAGAAGAACAAGAUUUACGCCUGGGGCGCCGGCCAGCAAGCCCAACUCGCCCGCCGCCUCCUCGAGCGCGAUGACAGCGCCGCGCUUUAUCCGACCGGCAUCGGCGCGCUCCCCCGCCGUGCCAAGGCCGAGAAGCUGGCCUGCGGUUCAUACCACUCGUUCGUCAUUGACACUAAGGGACGCGUCGUGGGCUGGGGCCUGAACAACUAUGCCGAGCUCGGCGUCGAGGACGAGGCCGGCCAGGACGGUGGCUUCGUCAUGCGCCCGCAGCUGAUCACGGCGCUCGAGCCGUACGAGGUGACAUGCGUCGCCGGCGGCGAGCACCACUCGCUGGCUUGCACCAAGAAGGGCGAGCUGCUCACUUGGGGUCGCAUCGACGGUCACCAGGUGGGGCAGCCGGCCGACUCCUUCUCCGAGAACAACGUCAUCUGGGACGAGCGCAACGAGCCCCGCAUCCUCGUCGUGCCCACCGUUGUGCCGGACAUCAAGGACGUCGUCCACGUCGCCGCGGGUACCGACCACUCCUUCGCUAUCACCGGGGACGGGAAGGUGUACUCGUGGGGCUUCUCCAGCAACUACCAGACCGGCCAGGGCACCACUGACGACAUCAUGUCACCCACGCUCAUCGAUAACACUGCCAUCCGCGACAGGAAGAUCAUCUUUGCUGGCGCGGGCGGGCAGUACGGUAUUGUCGGCGCUCUGCCACAGGCGAAUUAGAAUGGAAGGAAAAAAAGGGGAAUGAUGGAAUGGAUAUCAGGAGAUCUUCGUUUGGCCCGCCGUCUUUGGGAAGCAAGACACUUGGAUGCUGACGUUGGGAUCCAACGCUGGCGCGAAGCAAGCGUCGACGCGGGUUUCGUCUUGCGGAUUCCCCCGAUGGAGUCGGGUGAUAAUUGGUCGGUUUUUGGCAAGCCCGCAUGCGUACAUGGUUGGGAUGACGGGUUGGAGAUACGACGGUCCCGCCCUCGCCUUGACAUUCAUGAGUUGGCGAGUGG